UACAAAAUGAGAGAAUUAAACUUCAGUAGUGAAAUAUGUGCUUUUACUUUGUGGGUUUACAAAGGAAAAAAAAUAGUUGUAAAUCUGAAAGGACACUGGAUGUGAACUUUUGAAACUUUACAAAAAGUAUUACACCUUCUCCUGUCAAUAAAUUGAAAAAGCUUACACCUAUAAAACUGUUUGCUUAAAUUAUUUCAUUUCAUCUUGGCAUCUUGGCAAACAGGGAGUUAGUAAAAGCCUGUAUGAAAAGGCUUUUGAUAAACAAACCAUGAUUAUUUCUUUUCCAGUUCACUUUCAGUUCGAUUCAGUUUGUUCAAAUAAGACCAAUUCAAAACAGCUGCUAGCCUACUUUACAAUGGAAAAAAUCAGUUGAAUCAUACAGACACAUUUGGAGUCAAUUACAUACUUUCCAAAUUGGCAGUAGCUAUUAAGCAAGGCAGUAAAGUUCAGUUUAUCAUACAAAGUAGUUCAAGCUUUCUAAAUAAGAAAUCCUGACAGAUUUCAUUUUGUCACUGUCUUGAAUAAUUCUGUCUUUAAAGAGAAUGUUGCGGCCAUAAUUAGUCACUUGCAUAGUGCCAUUGACUUUGCACUAUGCAAUACUGAGCAUGCACCUGCUGACAACGGAAAGAAAAACUCCCUUUGAAGAAACUAAUCUGAAUAACUGAAUUCAAUCAAUAAGAGUGAUUGGAAUUCCAUAAUAAUCUCUUGGGACGUUAAAAACUAGCGAUUCAUUCCUCACUUAAAACAUGUAUCUUCACAGGUACUCCCCAGUGUUCUCUUUUACGCUCACCUUAGUUGAUAAGCAGGCACCAAGGAUGCAAGUGUUCACCAUGACAGCUGACAGACUGUCUGAACUGGAAACAGUGCGAGAGGCAGAGUAUAGGUCAGGUUUUUUCCGGUGCUGACAGAUGGGAGCCGGUAUAUAGGCGCCAGCGCUUUGUCAGCCAGCCAGGUUCAGAUAGAGCUGUGCUGAGAUAUGGAAAAUUAUGAGCUCAGUCUGUGGAUUCAAACACACCUUGUAUAUGAACUUGUUUGUCAGCUCUUCCUCUUUAACUCUUGGGAAAAGCACAUGUGCUGUUAGUUCCAUCUUCCACAAUACUUUUCUGCUCCAUAAACACCACUGGGGUGACACCGGGAUGCCCUGCUUCCUUGUUUUCAUCCAAUGGCUUCUCAUUCUCCACAUUGCAUUCAUGCCUUUAAUGCUUAAAAUUAAAAUAUAUUUUAAAAUAGUACAUGAAGGAUUCACAAUACACUAUUAGAGUUUGAAAUAUGAAGCGGCAGAUGCAUCAAUAUUGUUUUGCAGUGCUGACGCAUACAGUGACUUGAACCAGUAAUGAUGUAAGUAUAUUGGCAUUCACUUUGGUUUCCGAAUGCUUAUGUGAUUCAUUGAGUUCCAAAAUCUCACACAAAGACUUGGUUCAUUUUGUCUUGCUUUCCACUGGGUCUUAAAAAAACUGUCAAAUUUUAAGAAUUUAUUUUCCACAAUGGUUUUUAAUUAGUGACAUCUUAAAUCUUUAAAGAGAGGAUGAGCUGCACAGUUAAUGACUUAAGUGCUUGAUAAAUUGACUGAGUUGAUUAUAUACACUAUUUGGGAUUCAAAAAGAAUUUUUAAAUUUGAAUUAAACUGAACUGGACUGGAAGUGUCCUUAUUUGAAGUAGAAAGCAGGGAAACCUACUUCACAUACAAAAAAACAAAAACAAUAAAAAAAACAUCCAACAGAAAACUUUAAGCCAAACUGAUAGAAAUUUUGUUGCUUUUAAUCUGGUGGUUUUGCACACCCCUUUCUAAUAUAGCCCUGGUGAACUACCCACAUGGCCCAUAUCAAAAAGUGUAAUUCGUUUAAGAGUUGGUACUUUAUACUUUAUACCAGCAUGGAUUUUAUUUUGAGUUUAUUUUUGUACAACUGGACAUGAAUUGGACCAGUUUUUCUUGAAAAGAGCCUUGACACAAUGUUUCAUAUGAAUUGCUGCUCUAAAUAAAAUUAACUAAAUACAAUUAAACAACACACUGACACAGCUGAUGAAACUCUCCAUUAUCUCCCUGGGGAUCGUCUGUUCUUUUUAUAUUGGCAGGACAUUUUUAUUUAUUUGCUUUACUUCUUAUAUGGCGUCAUGUUUCAGGCCCAGAUUCCUGGGAUUCUGACACCUGUCUGAAGGGCUUUUCAAGUAGCUCAAAUGUCACAUAGCUAGCCCACCUACCUAAGCCCCCCUAUCAAUCCCCAGCUGCACACCCGAGCUCAGAGCUCUUAUCACUGGCCACUCAGCUUCUGACGUCCACAGAGGGCUGCUCUUUCAUUGAGGGAAGAGCCACCUGCUAUUCUUAUAACUCAGCUUUGUCGUGCGGCAUUUCAGGGAUAGAUUCAUGACCUCCAUCCACAUCCCUUCUUUUGCCUCCACAAUGGCUCUUCUUGCAAUUUCCUUCAUAUGAAGCAAAACCAGUAGAUUCAGGUAGCUGCGAGCACUUCAACACCAGUCAUGAGCUCCACUCUGGUUAACUCUUUAGCCAAAGUGUAUGAUCCCAAUCCUCUUCAUGGUCAGAAGCUUUCUGCAAGGAAGUUUUCCCUGAAUGGAUCAGAGCGGUUCCAAGCUUCAUCCUCCUCCUUUUCUCACCACGACGCAACUCUACGCUGCAUGGAGAGCAGGAUCGACUCCCUCAGCUCCCAGAUGGAGCACCUGCUCAUCAUGCAGCAGACUGUCCUGACCCGGCUGGAUGGCCUGUCCCAGGAUGUGAGAGGCAUGGGUCGGGAUGAGGCGUCAUCUCACGAAGGGAGACGUGGCUCGGGGAUUGAGGCGGUUUGCAGGGAGCUGCGAGGGGCUGUGGAGCGUAUAGAGAGUCAGGGGCGACGGCUGGAAGGGGUGGAGAAGCUGGUGGAGGGAACUCAGCAGGUGAUCUGCUUCAUUGGGGAGGUAGUAAAGAGCUCCAAGCUGGUGGAGCUUUUAUUUAAACAGCCUGGAAGCAAAACCAGCAGGAAGGCAAAAGAUGACAAGGACAAAGCCAAGCAGAGUGUGAAGGGUGGGAAAGCCCAGAAGAAAAGGAAACCUCAGGAUUCAUCAGAUGCUUCCACUCUGAGUGAGUCAGCCCUGAAAGAGCAAGUUGAAAAGCUCAACAGGGAGAACACGGAUCAUUCCCUUAUAAACACAGAAGCCAACUUCCAGAGUCAGGAAGAUCCAGGAAGUGGGGGGAAAAGAAAAGAAGAGCCAACAAAGCUGAUUCUCAGUCAAUCACAUGCUCCUCCAAGCCAAACUGCGGAGGAAAGAAAGAAAAGCAAGAAUGAGGAAGAUGAGGGGGAUGUCUUUGACGAGACAGAUGUAGAGGAAGAGGAGCAACAGACAGAGGAUAACGAUGAAGAAAAAGACAGGAAAUUGGAGGACGAUAUAAAGAAAAUACUUAAAAGAGAAACAGAGGAAUCAUCAGAAAAUACUAUUUCAGACUUGAGCAAGACGUCCCAGGAAAGCUCUGAAGACAAUGGAGAUGGAGCCACAGCAGGCAAACGUCGCGUCACAGAAGAGGACCUGGUUAAAGAGGAUCUGAAGAAGAGCCGAGUAGAAAACAGCUCAGUGGAAAAUGUUGACAGCCACGCAGUGGAGGGCUCAAAGUCUGAGGAAGCAAAGGCAGAAGCUAAAGAAGGUGGAGAGUCUACAGUACAGGAUUUUAUCCUUGAUGCAGGCCCUCCUCCAACCGCUCCUUUUGAUCACCGCAUCGUGACUCCCAAACCCCAUCAGAUAGCAACCUAUUACACUAUAAACAGGGAUGAAGUUCUGGGCGGGGGACGUUUUGGACAAGUCUACAAGUGCAUGGAGAAUUCCUCUGGACUGACACUCGCUGCCAAAAUCAUCAAAGCAAAGAGCCAGAAAGAGAAGGAGGUGGUGAGGAACGAGAUCCAGGUGAUGAACCAGCUGAACCAUGCCAACCUGAUUCAACUGUACGCUGCUUUUGAGUCGCGGAAUGACAUCAUCCUGGUUAUGGAAUAUGUGGAAGGAGGAGAGCUGUUUGAUCGCAUCAUCGAUGAGAACUACAACCUAACCGAGCUCGACACUGUGUUGUUCAUCCGUCAGAUCUGUGAAGGGCUGCAGUAUAUGCACAAAAAUUAUAUCCUGCAUCUUGAUCUCAAACCAGAAAACAUUCUUUGCGUCAGCAGAGAUUCAAACAAAAUCAAAAUUAUUGACUUUGGCCUGGCCAGGAGGUAUAAACCCAGGGAGAAGCUAAGAGUAAAUUUUGGAACUCCUGAAUUUCUCGCUCCUGAAGUCAUCAAUUAUGAGUUUGUUUCAUUCCCAACGGACAUGUGGAGCCUUGGAGUAAUCACAUACAUGCUACUCAGUGGCUUGUCUCCGUUUCUGGGGGAUGACGACAAUGAGACUCUCAACAACAUUCUGGCUUGUCAGUGGAACUUCGAGGAGGAGGAAUUUGGAGACAUUUCUGAAGAGGCCAAAGAUUUUAUCACCCGUCUGUUGGUGAAAAGCAAGAGUUGGAGGAUGAGCGCGACAGAGUCCCUCAGACAUGGCUGGCUGUCUGACCAAAAUUUGCACUAUCGACUACAUCAGAAGAAAAACAAGUGCCACUCCUUACAUGCUCCACCCCCAGAGAGCUAAACAGAAACAACCAGGCCCUUGGUUUGCCUUGUCACACUAUAUGGCCCUGGGGCCCAUCACUGGACCAAUACUGCUGUACCUGAAAAGCUACUGGAUUAUUACUCUCUGCCUCACAUCUUUACCUUUGCGUAGCUGCACACUGUUUAGGUCUGAACUUUUAAAGCUGCGCGUACUGUAUACUUGCAAAGUCAUUCAAAGACCUUUGCCUGAAGUUUGCCAGAGGAUUUUUUCUUACUAAAUGCUGUUACUGUCAAAGCAAAAUCCUGCAAGAUGUAUCACUUUGAUACCUACCAUGAAAACCUAUGAAAACUGUUCUUUUAGCACAUUUUAACAGGUACAUUACUUUUCUUUUUUUGCAAGCGUUGGCGUGCUUUGCACACUUUUCUCCCUUGUUCAUCCAAGACUUACCAAACAAAUUUGAAAAAGUAAUUCUCUUUUUAUAAAGCCAUGCUUUUCUUUCUUUUAUUUUAUAAGUAGUAUAAUAAUGUUAUUUCUCUUCAAGACAAUUUGAAAUCUAACUACAUUAAUUUAUAUUGUGUAUAUAUUAUGGUAUUGCAUAAAAGUCUCUUUAACACAUGAGAAAAUCUUAGCUCUAAUGCCCACAGUUUUUCACUAUAGACUGCCUUGACCUCAGUGUGCAUUUAUCCCACCUGCUUGUUUGGCUUAGGCAGUUUGGAGUACCCAGCUCACCUUCCAUGAAGGCAAAAUGAAAUACAUGUUACUACCUAAGACAUACUGUUUAUGACUGAAGUGAAAUCUUAUGUUCAUUUAUUUACUGGUUCAGCACCAGAUUGUACUUGAAGUGCAAAUUUUUUCUUCAAUAUGUGAUCUUUUUAUUUCAGAGGACACAAACGUGGUUUCACAUAGUCAUGCACAUACAUUUAAAGUAUAAUGUACAGCGUGGUGGAGAAGUAAGACGCAGAGUUGUUAGAUGAUUUAUUUUGAAUUAAAAAGCUUUGUGUUUUGAA